AUGACACCAACAAUUCCAAACGAUUAUACAAGCAAUACCUCUUUACAAUCUCCAAUGAAUACUGCAUUAAAUUUAAUUGAAGAACAUCAACUUUACAAAAUUAUUCCUGUAUGUAUGUCUUUUUUUCCUAAUGAUAUAAUUGAAAAUUUGGAAAAAUUACAUAAAUUACCUGCUCCAAAUAUUAAAGGAAUAUUUAAUUAUCCAAAAGAAGAUAGUGAAUCUUCUGAAAAGACUCUCGAGAGUGAUUCAUCAGAAGAUAAUGAACAAACAUCAGAUCAUGAAAGUUCUGAUGAUGAAAGUUCGGAUGGAUUGAUGUUUAAUUAUGAGAUUGAAGAAGAUAGUAUGGAAUUGGCUGAGGUAGAAGAACAUUUGUUAGAACAAUUAUGUAGACUUUUUAUAGGACAUUCCAAAAAAAUUAAAGAACUUAGUAUUGGUGAUCUGGGCGUUGAUGGUUAUUUUGUAGACGAUAUGCCAAAGUACAUUGGUGCUUCAUGUCUAUCCCAUCUUGCUGCAUUAGAAUUGGAUGGUACUGCAUGUAGUGGCGCGUUUAUAUCUGGAUUAUCCGAACUUUGUCGUAACCUUACCUCGAUAAUUAUUGAGGACAUGGACGAUGAAUCGCCGUUUAUUGAUGAGUUGGAGUUGCUUAUUAAAAAUCAACAAAAGCUCAAACAAUUCCAAUUAGUAGACAUAACAUUAGAUAUGUCGAAGAUUAUAUCGUGUCUUAAAACGCAAAUUGGUUCAUUAGUGGAAGUUUCACUUAGAGAUGUAUAUAUUCGAGAUCAAGAAUCAAUGAAGUCCUUGACACACUGUAGUAAACUUGAAACAUUAGAUUUAUCGUUCCAAGAAAAAAAAUAUUACAAAUCAUUCGUCCCUUUAUGGUACACAAAUUUUCCUAAACUCAAAAACUUUGAAAUUUCAAUGUUCUAUACUUGGCAAGAUCCGGCUUUUAUCGAAAAUACCAGGGCAUUCUUGGAAAUUAACGGCAAGCAUCUUCACAGCUUAAAAUUCGGGCUCACUAAGAAUAUUUAUACGGAAAUUCUUCAAGAUAUUAGUAGAUAUUGUCCAAAACUCUCAAAUCUAGAAAUUAAUAGGAUCUUUGAUGGUGUUAAUUACCUUAUAGAAUUGUUGAAAUCGCCCUUACCGUUAGAAAAAUUAAUAAUUGAAUACAAUAAAACGAAGCUUCAUCCGGAGAGUUUAUCAACUCUUUUAGAAAAUUGGGACGCACCGAUUAUCCAGUUUUCUUAUUGUUGUGAUGAGGAUAUCGAAUUACACAACGAAGUUUUAUACCAUUAUGCAGAAACACAAAAGAAUAAAAGGAAUAUUAAAGGCUUUGAUGUGAUAACUUCUUCAUACCAACGUAAUGAUAUUAAGGCUCGUAGG